UUCGUGCGAUAGCAAAAGACGAACUGCCCACUUAACCAUAACCAUGGGUGUAAAUGGUUGAUUAGAUAACAUUCAUCGUUGGGCAAUGGUUUUCUAGUCUCCCCUGGCUUGGCCGGUUGGCAGUAUUAGGUUACGGUUCUUGCCCACUGCAUUCUGGAGUAUCAGUAUUACGACGUGUAUCAAUUUUCGACCAGAUUAUCAAUCGAUACCGGUACCCGGGCUCGGUUACGACGCCGUACAUUAUUGUCUUAUGAAAUCCAACCGUACAAGCGCACGCGUACCAUUUUCUGUCCAGCAGCAGCCUGGGCCAGGUGUUUUUCAAAUCGGCAGACAUACACGGUCGGAAGUAAAUCAGAAGCAUUUGGUUAAACAAAAGUUGGCUUCCUGUGCGGUUUCUCAUCGCAACGCCAUUUGACAUAGCGGAGGCGGCAUCCGCUGUGAGCGUCCCUUUUACAGAACGACAAUUGGUGGUAAAAAGGCUGGGCGGAUCGGUAGGAUCGUGAAUGUUGGCCGACGGUAUUUCGGGCAAACUGUUGGCACGGGUAAAAUAAAACGCAGCGAAAACGAUGGAAAAGGCAAACAGUGAUUCAAGGUCGCUGGAGACCGAAGAUGUUCCGCGGGUGCGUAAUUUGCUGCUACGUUCGAUGUGUGCAGUGUACCUGAUGGCAUUUGUCGGAUUUUACUGCCAGGCUGAAGGUCUGUACGGCGAUGCAGGCAUACUUCCGGCGAGCCGGAUUCUGGCGAACGGGACGCUAAAGGAGCGGCUGAGCCUGCUCCAGCUCGGACCCUUCAUCGGGCUGGGCGAUGGGCACGAGGCAAUUGAUUUGUUGUGUCUGGUCGGUGCAACGGUCGCGUUCCUGGGCCUCGUCUCCCGCGUCCACUGCCGGCUGGUCAGCUUCAUCGUGAUGUGGUCGGUGUACUUUUCGCUGGUCCAGAUUUCGCAGUCCUUCCGCCAGCAAGCCGAUCAUCUGCUGCUCGAGGCCGGAUUUCUCUGCAUACUGUUGGCUCCGAGCCGGCUAACUGACCGGCGGCUGCCGAUGGAAGAUAUCGCACUGCUGCUGCUGAAAUGGCUCGUAUUCCGCUUCAUGUUUGCCUCCGGCUCGGUGAAGCUGGCUAGCGGUUGUCCACUCUGGUGGUCCCUGGAUGGGUUGAAGCGACACUACGAAACGAUGCCCCUGCCCACAUCGUACAGCUGGUACACGUAUCAGCUGCCGGAUGCGUUCCAUCGGGCGAGCACGAUCUACGUGUACCUGAGCGAGCUGGUAGUGCCGUGGCUGUUCUUCGCUCCGAGCAAGGCGGUACGCCGUUUCGCCCUCUGGUGGCACGUGUUUCUCCAUCUGAACAUUAUCGGCUGUGGCAAUUACGGAUUUCUAUCGCCACUCGUACUGACUCUGCUGCUAACGCUGCUGGACGAUGAGGACGAGCUGCUCGUUUGGCUACACGAACGGGUUUCCGAUGAGCCGCGACGACGUCCCCGUGCAAAGGGACGCAAUCAGACGGAGGACGCCGAUGUGGAUCGAUACGGCGGUCGGUUGGUAAAGGUGAUCGGUUUACUUAUGGUUGUUGGAUCGUGGCUAUGCUUCAGCGUUGGAACCUCGGACGAGGGACAACUUACGUUUAAGCCAUCCUUCACCCGUGACCAGUAUCUGAACGUCAUGCAGACUAUGAUACGCGCGGCACCGUUGCUGGUGUUUGUCCUCAUGGUCAAAAAGUUCCUGAAACUACUUUCCUCCCAGGACAGUGUGGGAAGCUUGGCCGAAGGAAUGCGACAAUUUUCCAAAAAUCUCGGACUGCUGAUAUCGACCAUAGUCGCGUUCACGGUGUUCUUCAUGUCGAUUGUACCCCACUCACGGUUACUGCCGAGUACCGCCAUCACCUCGCCCGUGAUGACACGCGCCUACGGUGGUCUGCACAGCCUGUACGUGGUCAACCAGUACGGCCGUCACCUAACGAAGAUGCGCCCUAUGAGACGGGAAAUCAUUCUCGAGUAUUCGGACGACAUUAACGGCACCUGGCACGAGUACGGCUUCCAGUACAAACCGUGGACGAUCGAGCGUGCCUCCUCGCUACCGUACGGAUGGCUUUACUUCCCCCGGUUCGAUUUCAAGUUUUACGACGGUUCCGGUUCGAAGACCGACGCACAAAAGUGGAUCUACCCGUUGAUUCAACGGCUGCUCGAGCAUCAGCGUCCGGUGCUGGAUCUUCUCGACGGACGGCACAUCCCAGCGCAGGCACCAAAGUACAUCCGCACAUCGUUGUACCGGUUUGCGUACACAUCCUUCUCGGAGGGUGCAUUCUGGACGCGGGAACGGCUCACCGACUACUUCAAUGUGUUCUCGCAGGACGACACACAGCUACGGGAAAAGCUUAAGCAGAUGAACUUCCGGUCGACGGUUGAACCCUCCAGUGGAUCGUGGAACUGGCUGCUGCGCUGGGUACUGGACGCAAUACGACGGUUUGUCGGUGCCAUCGAGGGUAGCUAUCUGCUGGUGGGACUGUUCGUAGCAGCCGGCAUGGUUAUCUACACCCAGCAGCAGCAGCAGAAGCACCACCAGCAGCACCACCAGCGUACAACAGGCCAGUCGACUUAAACUGAAAGCCCAAUGGGGGAGAGAGAAUAGUAAGUAUGGGCAGCCAAAACGGUGUCAAUUGUAGUCAAAUUAUUGCAAAACAAGACAGAUAAACAAAAAAAAACUUAUUCGAAGAACUGUAUGCACUGAAAGAGGCGCGUUCGUAUUUGCUGCACCAUUGCACAAAAAAAAAGGAAGAUCUCACCGUCUUACUUCCUGUGGGGUAGUUUCCCCCAGUAGAGGAUGUGAACCCAUAGAGGGAUAGUGUUACUAGUGUUUUUCCCUGCUCGCUUUUAUUUCCUGUUUUCGUUUCGUCCCUUUGCUCACACAUUUAUCCCACGGUAGGAGCAACACAAAUAAAGACACAUACACACGAGCGCAAAGAAAUUGCAAUUCAAUCUCACAA